AUGGCUCAGAUUCUGUAUUUCAGUCUUCUUGUCAUUGCUCUCUGUUCAAUAUCUGAAUGCUCUCAGCGCCGCUAUCACUAUAUAAACAUGAGGAUGGACUGGACUGAAGCUCAGAGAUACUGCAGAGAGAACUAUAAAGAUUUGGCCACAGUCCACAACAUCAUAGACAUGAACGAGCUGAAGAACACUGUGAAUAACAAUCAGAAGGUCUGGAUUGGACUGAAGAGAACAGAUGUUUAUAAAUGGAAGUGGUCUCGGAGUGAUCCUGUGGAAUAUCUGAACUGGGAAACUGUAUCAUCAACUGACACAGAUAAUUGUGCUGUUAUGAGAAAUGAAAAAUGGCAUCAGCAGAACUGUAAUGAGAACAUGAGAUUCAUCUGCUACAAUGAUGAGCUGAUAUUGAUCCAGAAGAAUCUGAGCUGGACUGAAGCUGUGAGAUACUGCAGAGAGAAUCAUGUGGAUCUGGUUUCAGUUGAUUCACAGGAGAUUCAGCUCAUGGUGACUGAAGUUCUUCAUCAGGCCUCGACUGCUCAGGUGUGGCUGGGGUUACGUCUCUCCUGCUCUGUGGGGAUCUGGUUCUGGGUGAAUGGAGAGAUUGUGUGUUAUCAGAAUUGGGCUCCGGGGAAUGAAACAGCAGUGGAUGACUGUGAGCGUGAAGUGAGAUCUGGAGCGGUUCAGUCUGGAGGAGAUCAUCUCUGGAUCAGUCUUCCUGAAUCUCACAAACUCAACUUCAUCUGCACAAGGAAAGAGAAAUAA